AUGGCCGGGCGUGCUUAUCUUUUGGUCAGAGAUAUUGCAACUGCGGCCUACGAAAGAUACAGAAAGGAAGAGAUUACAACUGGCACAGCAUUUUGUGUCAUAAACCUGAAAAGACUGAGUAUAAAAAUGAAAAAAUAUCAGCAUGUCUUUUCCCUGAUUUUUGCUGUUCAUGAGAUCAAUAAGAAUCCCAAUCUCUUGCCCAAUGUCACCCUUGGAUUUCACAUCUAUGAUAAUUCUUUUAAUUCAAGAACUACACAUGAAGUCAUCCUGGAUCUACUUUUCACACAGCAAAAGAAUGCACUCAACUACAGGUGUGCUAGGAAAGGUGGUAUACUAGCUAUUAUUGGGGAGUUCACUGAUAAAAGUAUGAUUGAAAUUUUCAACAUCUACAAGAUUCCUCAGUUCACUUAUGGUACCCAUAAAACAUUGCUUAGUGGAAAAACUGGAGCUCCUUCUUUGCACUGGAUAUCCCCAAGAGAAGCUACUCAUCACAUGGGCAUUGUUCAGCUGCUCCAGCAUUUCCGAUGGACAUGGAUUGGCCUAAUUGUUUCCAAUGAUGAUGCUGGAGAAAGUUUUUUACAGAACUUCAUACCUAUCCUUGCCCAGCAUAGCAUUUGUGUUGCUUUUCUGCAUAAGGAUACAGUAAAGAGCUAUGAUAUUGGGGAUAAGUUUAUUGACAAUUUCCUCAAGCUAACACCAGCACUUUUAUUAACUAAAGUCAAUGUGAUUAUUCUUAAGGGAGAAUCUCGGUUAAUCAAUUUCAUAGCAUCCCACAUAAUUUUCUUUGAAUUUGUCACCAAGAUCUACAUAGGGAAAGUUUGGGUUAUGCCACCCCAAUGGUAUUUCAGUGUCACGUCAUCCGGGAUACUUAUUGGUGCGCAACCUUUCCAGGGUGCUUUGUCCUUCAGCAUCAGCACUAAUGUUGUGCCAGGGUUCAGGAACUUUCUUCAGACCUUAAAACCAGAUGAAUCACUGAUGCAUUUCCUCUGUUUGUUCUGGCAAUAUGCCUUCAAAUGUCAUCUUUCUGAGGAAUACGAUAAACUAUUUGAAAAAUGUACAGGGAAUGAAAAGUUGGAGAAUCUACCUAGAAUUAUGUUUGAGAUGCAUAUGACUGGUCAGAGUUAUGCGAUCUACAAUGCUGUCUAUGCCGUAGCCCAUACUUUGCAUGCCGAAUACUUUUCCAGACAAAGGACCAUGCUCAACAGAGGCAAGUUCGAGCAUUUGCACAUUCACCCAUGGCAGCUUCAGUUUUCCCUGGAAAACAUCCACUUUAACAAUGGAGCACAACAUGAAGUCCUGUUUGAGAAUGGAGAAUUAUCUGUUGGGUAUGAUAUUGUCAACUGGGUCACCUUUCCCAAUCAAUCCUACCUUAAAGUCCAGGUUGGAAAAUUUGCUCCAAGCCAUGAGUUCAUCAUCCAAGAAGAUAAUAUUGUUUGGAAUAACAGAUUUCAACAGAUGCCCCCCUGCUCCAAGUGUGUUGAGAGCUGCCAUCUUGGGCACAGCCAGAUAAUUCAGGAGGGGAAACCAGUAUGUUGCUAUGAUUGUGCUCCAUGCCCUGAAAAUAUGAUUUCUAAUGAGACUGAUGCAGUUCUUUGUGUCAAGUGCCCGGAGGAUCAGUAUCCAAGCAGAUACCAAGAUCAAUGUAUUCCAAAGGCCAUCACCUUCCUAUCCUACCAUGAGCCUUUGGGGAUACUUUUACUUUCUCUUGCUCUUUCUUUUGCUGUGAUCACAUGCUUGGUGAUGCAAAUCUUUUUAAAGAACUGGAAUACACCCAUCGUCAAAGCCAACAACCGGCACCUGACGUGCAUUCUUCUUGUCACCAUUCUGCUUUGCUACCUUUCUUCCCUCUUUUUUAUUGGCAAACCAGGGAAGGAUACCUGCCUUGUGCGACAAAUGGCUUUUGGCAUCCUUUUCUCUGUGUCUAUUUCUUGUGUGUUGGCAAAAACUGUUAUUGUGGUCCUGGCUUUUAUGGUCACAAAGCCAGGCAAUUGGUUGAGAACAUUCCUAGGGAAAGAUGUAGCUAACACCAUUGUUCUUUCCUGUUCUCUUAUUCAAGUGGGCAUUUGUAUUGCAUGGGUGUCAACUUCUCCUCCUGCUUCACAUGUUGACAUGCAUUCACAGUAUGGGCAGAUCAUAGUGGAAUGUGAUGAAGGCUCCGUCACAAUGUUCUACUGUGUCCUGGGCUACAUGGGCUUUCUGGCCACCAUCAGCUUCAUGGUGGCUUUCCAAGCCAGAAAAUUGCCAGACACUUUCAAUGAAGCGAAGUUCAUCACCUUCAGCAUGCUGGUAUUUUGCAGUGUCUGGAUCUCCUUUCUUCCAGCUUAUCUGAGCACUAAAGGAAAGCAUAUUGUGACUGUAGAGAUUUUUGCCAUCUUGGCAUCCAACACUGGGCUGUUGGCUUGCAUCUUUUCUCCCAAAUGUUACAUUCUUGUUCUAAAAACUGAUCUUAAUUCCAGAAAGUUGAUGAUACAGAAAAAGAGUUAA